CACGAACACAGUGCCGUAACAAGCUUUGCCACGAUGAGUCUCUCCCUAUACUCGAUAAAGGCCGUCAUCCUGAUGGACAAUGACGGGAACCGCAUCAUCGCAAAGUACUACGACGACACAUUCCCCACAGCAAAAGAACAACUGGUCUUCGAGAAGAGUCUGUUCAACAAGACGUGUCGACAACAUUCCGAGAUUGUGAUGUUCGAUGGACUGACCACCGUGUACCGCAGCAAUGUUGAUCUGUUCUUCUACAUCGUGGGAUCGUCUGACGAGAACGAGCUAAUGCUCAUGAGCGUACUAUCCACAUUCUACGAUGCCGUGGCUAUAUUAUUAAGAAAUCAAGUUGAGAAGAGGCUAGUUUUCGACAACUUAGACGCCAUAUUCUUGGUCGUGGACGAGAUGGUUGACAAUGGUAUUGUGUUCGAAGCCGAUGGAUCUAUCAUUGCCUCCCGGGCGAUUGUGCGUGGUGGCGAAGAUAUCUCGCUUGCGGAACAGAGCAUCUCACAGGCUUUCCAAUCCGCGAGGGACCAAUUGGUAACGACGCUUCUAAAGUAAAACUAGCUGGUACGGCACUCUGGUGGGUGUGAGGCCGGAACUGAUGGAUUUGUUGAUAACUCUGACCUGUGCUGCCGUACACGUCCGCCGAGGGUAAUCUCGUUUCACUGCAUAGCCCCGGUACGCAAUCCGACGAGACGAUACACACAGACACGCCCAAACACGCCAACAGAAUACAUAAAGAGUGACUCGUUGAUCGUAGUCGUAAACGGGUUGGAGUCCAUAGAUACUCGCCGGGAGUUAGUGCCGACCCCGAUGACUACGACAAAACUUCUGUACAGACUAUCCAAUUAGCCGACACAUAAACAUCUAAACGUCUUUCAUUCAAAUUAUUCAUUUUUGUGGCUCGUUUCUGUUUCUAAGCUUGGUUAGAGCGGUGCUGUACAGCUGUUUGCCUUUACAAAUGGGAAAGGUGGGUCGACAGAUAUGGGGACUAGGCUUAAGAACUGGAACAAGCUGCC